AUGGCGGGAAUCCACAGAAAGGACGAUGAGCAUGGUUAUCAGUCGCGGGUUGAACGUGGGCCGUAUCAGACGCGAAGAUCGGAUGCUGGGGACAGGCCAUUAUCAGUGUCGUUUCAAGAACCACCUGACUCAACAUUGGGAUUCAUUUACCAGUAUUCCCAAAGGCAGAGCCAGGGGUUUAAUCCAGACAAAAUGAAUGAGGCAGUGGAUAAACAACGCAACCUCCGCCUUGGACAAAGAGAGGGCAGCAGACUGUCUCAUGGAGGCUUGGAGAGUUCACCUUUAGCAAGGGAUAAAAUGAUGAGCCGCACGCUAAACAAAGACAGAUUGACUACAAGAUCUCCUGGGUUACUGGACCAGACAGCAGGGAAAUCACACACUCCAGGCGUACGACAAGAGUUACCACACACACCAGGCAGUGCGCUUAAACACAGUAAAUACACACCGAGAAAGCCCCCCAUGGGGUCGUCCCAAUUUGAUGUUUCUGACCUGAUGGGACAAACACCCAACAGAUCCAUGUUGACACCAGCAAGGACGUUUAAUUUAUCCAUGUUGGAUCAGUCGCGUCUUAACUCCCUCUUCCCGGCGACGCCCGUACAUCCUUCCAACGGAGCCCUGGAACCAUCCGCCGUUCAAACGCCUGGGGGUGUAACGGAGGAUUUUACAACUACAAAUAUGAACCUGCUGUUGGUAGAAGACCCAGGAGUGGCAGCGUCAGAGGGACUAUUCGAGGAGUUCAUGAGUUGUUUCACAAACCACCAGUCACCGACGGAUGUCUUUACACUGGUUGCAAAGUACCAGCAGGUGUGCGUGGAGCAAGUGGACAUGUUGAACAACCUCGUCCGAAAAGCAGGUCUCAGUUCUUCCUAUGGUGUCCCCAAGAAAUUUGCUCGUACAGUUGAAGUCCUACGUCUACUGGAACAAGAGAAGUGCACGUGGCGUUUGAUUGGGUCCCUUUACCAAGACAGGCAAGCUGUACUUGAGGACUUUGAGGAUGAAAAUAUGGAUGUUGGAGUUAAGACCUCCAAGCACAGUGAGAAAAACAUCAUGGAAGCACUUUUCCAGCGAGACAGCGACGUCCGUCAGAACCAGAUUAUAGUCGACUGGCUUGAAGAGAACUCCAGAGAUUCUUUGAGAUACGGCUAUGACCGAGCUGAAUUCUACUCCAAGUCUGUCUGUUGGGAAAACACCUUGCACAGUCUACAGCAGCAGGUAACUUCAGGUCAGCAUCAGUCUUUGCCUCACUUGGACCCGGAUGCACCAAUCAGGGAGAAAACACCUCUUGCCGAUUUAGACAAGGAGGAUGAAGUUCGUCUUUUCAGCGAGGUCUUCAGUAACAUCCGAGCAGGAUUGAUGGAAGAAGCUCAGAGACUGUGUCGGAAAUGUGGACAAUCCUGGCGCGCUGCAACACUAGAGGGAUGGCGUCUGUAUCAUGACCCCAACAUCAAAGGUGCUUCAUCAGGCGAUCUAGAGCGAAUUGUAGGGAACAAACAUCGUGAUAUCUGGAAGUCUGUCUGCUGGAGGAUGUCUGAAGCUGAGAUGUUUAAUGUCUAUGAACGUGCCAUCUACGCUGCACUCAGUGGGAACCUUAAAGAGCUUCUUCCAGCUUGUAAUACAUGGGACGACUGCCUGUGGGCCUACUUUAAGGUGUUAGUCGACCGGCAAGUAGAACAAGAGAUUCGGGAGAAUUUAACCAUCAGCAGAGACAUGGACGAUUUGCCGGCCUCGUAUUUUGACAAAGAACUUACAGCUUUCAGAAUUUUCCAAGAACUGCAGUCUCACCCGAAGCAGAUUGUUGAGUUACAGUCCAAAGAGAGACAUCACGUUAUACAGAAGUACAUCAUCCUUGGCGAUAUCGAUGCUCUGAUUGAGGAGAUGGGAGAAUGGUUAUCAGAUGAUGUCAGCCGACCAUCACAUCAUCUUGUACGGUUUAUGGCUCAUGUUGUGCUCUUCUUGAGAUCUUUGGGGCUUCAGACGAAGGAAGAGAUUUGUGUUGCCAUCAUCGAGGCUUAUGUCAAGGAUUUGAUUGAAGAGAAACACAAAAAGCUAGUAGCGACAUACACAGCUCAACUUCCAUAUGAGAUGCAGGUAUCGUGGUAUGCUAGGUUCCUCGAGGGUAUCCACGACAAAGAUGAGAGACAGCAAUGCUUGCAGCUAGCUGAAGAAGCCGGACUUGACGUUGCCCAAAUUACGAAGACAGUGGUUGAGAAUAUCCGAACGAGAGACCAGACUGACUUCAUGGAUUCCAAUGAACUCUCUUCAGCUCGGGAAGCUGCCACCUCAGAGGAAGACCGGCGCAAGAUUGAAGCGACAGAUUGGUUGAUGUUUGACCCGUCCCAGAGGGCGGAGGCACUCAAACAAAGCAACGCUAUCAUCAGAACAUUCUUAGCCUGUAAGAAGCAUGAAGCAGCCAAAGAGGUCUUCAAUAAGGUUCCAACUGACUCCAUCGAUCUGAUCUAUAGGAAUUGGCAAGCCAGAGCAGGACGAGAGAUGUUGCCAGCCGUUGACAAAAAUGCUAUCAAGGAGUAUCUCUGUAUCAAAGCUUACUUAGAUGCGUUUGAUUCUUUCAACGACUGGUUUGAACAUUACCACAACAAGCGGCCAUUGGAACGUCUUAUGCCGGAAAACCCAAACUUCCAUGAGAAAGUUCGCUUUGAGCAUGAGCAGAAGGAGUAUGAGCUUGAGUUGGAAAGAUGGCAUCAGGCUCUUAAUCAGCAGAGUAAAAGAGUCAAGGAGUGCAUCUUCAAUGUCUUAUUGUUUGUCAACGGGGGCUGGAUGGUCGACCAGACGAUGACUGACGAAGAUGAGACUGAGGAUGAGGCGAUGAGACAGAAACAACUUGAAGAUUUGCGUAAACUGUGUCUCCCCAUGCUGUGUUCUCUUCUCUAUACAGUAUUGCAUACAUCAGGGCAAUAUCAAGACUGUGUGGCCCUGGCUGACAUCAUAGCAUCAGAGGAGUACCAACUCUAUAAGGUUUUCAGCAGACAAGAGCUGCAGCAAUUCCUAACCAAGCUCCGGGAAUCCUCGCUGCUCUUACUCAAUCAGAAUCUAGAUCCACUCGGCUAUGAGCUGGGAUCGUGAGAAAGUGUCUCGUAUGUUGGAGCCUGAGAAGCAAGUGUUAAAGACAGUGGACACUAUUGGUAACUGUCAAAGACUAGCCUUCACAGUUGGUGUAUCUCAACA